AUGGAUAAGUCUGUCAGAGUUUUCAAGCUUAGAACCUAAACUGAAGAAUAGCUCGUCGGUGAACUCGGCAAGCUCUAAACUGAACUUUCCCAACUCAGAAUUGCCAAGAUUGCUGGUGGUACUGCUAACAAGCUCGGCAGAAUUGGCAUCGUCAGAAAGGCUAUUGCUAAAUACUUGACCAUUAUCAACGAAAAGAGAAGACAAGCUGUCAAGGACUAAUUCAAGGGUAAGUCUUUGAAGCCUUUGGACAUUAGAGUCAAGAAGACUAGAGCUAUUAGAAGAAAACUCACCAAGAAGCAAAGAGAAGCUGUCCUCGUCAAGACCCAAAAGAAAUUAAACAACUUCGGUCUUAGAAAGUUCGCCCUCAAGGCUUGA